AGGCUGACAUUUCCGAUUUAUGGGAGCUGGACGUGCUGGAUAUCAAAGAUCCAUUUGAAAGCAAAUCCAAGAAAGAUCAUGAAGAUAAAAUACUGUCUGCAUUUUUGGAAAAUGUCAAGGUCAAUGAAGAUGGACGUUAUGAGGUUCAACUGCCUUGGAGAGAGAAUCACCCUACCUUAGAAAAUAAUCGAGAACUCGCAAUUAGACGCCUGGAAUCUACAACCAGAAAAUUAAAAGUGAACGAUCUUUUCGAAAAGUACGACCAAGUUUUCGAUGAGUGGAAAAGUGACGGUAUUAUCGAACAAGUUCCUGCGAGUGAAGUGACUAAAUGGGGCCAUUAUUUACUUCAUCGACCAGUAUUAAAAGAGAACAGUUCAACAAAAGUCCGGCCAGUGUUCGACGCUUCGUCCCACGAAAAGUCACCAUCGCUAAACCAGUGUUUGGAAAUAGGCCCGAACUUAAUCGAGCUCAUCCCUUCGAUACUGUUGCGUUUUAGAAAAUGUAAAUACGGUGUUAUUUCUGAUAUUAAACGGGCGUUUUUGCAAAUCAGCAUACAUCCGAAGGAUCGCGACUUUUUAAGAUUCUUGUGGUACGAUAAAUCGGGUAAGGUUAUUAUUUUACGCCAUGCCAGGGUAGUCUUUGGAGUAUCGUGCAGUCCGUUUUUAUUAGGCGCCGUAAUCGAUCUGCAUUUAAAACGCGUUAUGCAGGAUGAGCUUUCUCGAGAAUCAAUGAAGUAUUGUCCGAGAAAUAUUACAAAAUUGUCCGAGAGUUUUUACGUGGACAAUUCUGUAACAAGCGUUAAUAACGUAGAUGAAAUAAGCUCGUUUAUAUCGGAUGCUAAGAUGGUAAUGAAAACCGGUGGCUUUGAGCUCAGAGGGUGGGAGUUUUCAGGUGAUUCUCUAGAUAGCGACAAAUCUCCCGUGCUCGGUAUAAUUUGGGAUAAAAACAAAGAUGUUUUGUCAAUAAAUGUACCAUGUUUAGAUGAACUUUACGAAACCGUUGUCACGAAACGAUCAAUGUUAUCCCUUGCUCAUCGUAUAUUCGAUCCUUUAGGCGUCGCUUCUCCAAUAACCCUUUACCCAAAGUUAUUGUUACAAGAGGCAUGGGCUAAGAACCUAUCUUGGGAUGAUGAAGUAACGGAUGAGAUAAAAAAUAAAUUUUUAAAAUGGGUAAGACAGCUAGAUAAUUUACGCAAAAUUGAAAUACCGAGGUGCUUGUUGGGAGAAUUGGGAAGAGACGACCUUAUAACUAUUCAUACGUUUUGCGAUGCCAGUCAGAUGGCGUAUGCAGUCGUAAUAUUUAUACGGAUCGAAAAUAACUUAGGGGUGCGUGUUAAAUUUGUACAAUCGAAAGUCCGAGUUGCGCCGGUGAAAACUUGUACUAUUCCGAGACUAGAAUUAUUAGGAGCUACUAUAGCCGCACGCUUAACCCACUCAGUUGUAGAAACACUUAAACUAAAUAGCGUGAAGAAAUAUUAUUGGUGCGACUCUACUACUGUUCUCGCGUGGAUAAAGAGGCAGUCGCAAUGGGGGGUGUUCGUUCUGAACAGGGUACAAGAAAUUCGUAAAUUGUCCAGUUGCGACGAAUGGUAUCAUGUGCCGGGUGAACACAAUCCUGCGGACUUGCCUUCGAGAGGAUGUUCUGUCGAUCAAUUAAUGGCUUCUAGAUGUUCAGGAGAGUUAUCUGUUGAAGAACUGCUCGAGUCCGAAUUGUUUAUGUUAAAACUUGUUCAAACGGAGGUUUUUGCCAAUGAGAAAGACAAGAGGCUUGAAGUUUUGAAGGCAUUUAAAGACGAUAAAGGGUUGAUACGGUUGAAGACUAGAAUUACGGAAAGAGACGAUACGUACAAUUUUCGGUACCCUAUUGUCUUACCUGCUUGUCAUGAUCUAGUCACACUAUUGAUUAAAGAGAAACACGAUAAGUUGGGGCACGCUGGUGUACAGAUUUUGCUUAAUAAUUUAAGAGAAGAUUAUUGGGUUCUGGGAGGCCGAAAGGCCAUUCGCGCCGUAUUAAAAAGAUGUUCUACUUGUCAACGAUACAGUUCGAAGCCUAUGGAAGUAAUAUCAGCUCCUCUUCCCUUAGAUAGAGUAAGAGAUGCUGCUAUUUUCGAGGUGACUGGCGUCGAUGCUGCUGGCCCUAUUUUUGUGAAAGGACCGCAGAAAGCUUGGAUUAUAUUGUUCACGUGCGCGGUGUAUCGAGCCGUACAUCUGGAGCUG